UCUCUCUCUCUCUCUCUCUCUCUCUCUCUCUCUCUCUCUCUCUCCUUUUGCACUCACAUCACAUUAACAACCUUGCACAUGAAUAAUUCAAUUCAAUAAAUACGUAUAAUACAGCAUUAGCGUUCAUCGGGUCGCUCUGGCAGCAAUGACGGUGGACGAUCGGUUCGCACAUUUGAACCCUAAGACGUGCGUAGUUGUAGGUGGCAGAGGAUUCCUCGGAAGAUCAUUGGUCCUCAGGUUGUUGAAACUCGGUAACUGGAUCGUCCGAAUCGCCGAUUCCGCUCACUCUCUCCAGUUCCAUCACUCCGAGUCCAUCCUCGCGCAAGCUCUCUCUUCCGCACGCGCUUCUUACUUCCACAUCGACCUUACCGAUAAAUGCAACAUUGUCAAAGUUCUAGGAGGUUCUUCUGUUGUGUUUUUUAUGGAUGUUGCUGGCGUUGAUGUUAAUGACUUCUAUACUUGUUACAGGCUAAUAGUUCAAGGAGCCAAGAAUGUAAUUAGUGCUUGCCGAGAAUGUAGAGUGAAACGCCUAAUAUAUAACAGUUCCGCGGAUGUUGUAUUUGAUGGUUUGCAUGAUAUUCGUGAUGGAGAUGAGUCGUUGGCCUAUCCGUGGAAAACUGACAAUAUGUUGAGUGACCUUAAGGCUCAAGCGGAAUCUUUGAUCCUGAGUGUCAAUGACAUUGAUGGCCUAUUGACGUGCUCUCUUCGUCCUAGUAAUGUUUUUGGACCUGGUGACACAGAAUUUGUACCAUAUUUUCUCAAGUCAGCAAGAUAUGGUUUUACAAAGUUUAUUAUAGGGACUGGUGAUAAUCUUUCAGAUUUCACCUUUUCUGAAAAUGUUACCCAUGCCCACAUCUGUGCCGAAGAAGCCCUAAAUUUCCAAACAGUUUCUGUUGCAGGAAAGGCAUUUUUCAUCACGAAUAAUGAGCCAAUAGAAUUCUGGGAAUUUCUUUCGCUUUUGUUAGAAGGUCUUGGAUAUCGAAGGCCAUAUGUCAAACUUCCGGCUAAGUUGGCUCAAUAUAUUCUAUCAGUUUUAAAGUGGUCACAUGAAAAGUUGGGAUCCAGAUACUUCAGCUAUCCUUUAUUAGUUCACUUUUUUCAGUUAGCUUCAUACACCCGAACUUUCAACUGCACGAAAGCUCACAAACAUAUUGGAUACUCACCAAUAGUCUCCCUCGAGGAAGGAGUCACAUUAACAAUAGAAUCAUUCUCUUAUUUAUCCAAAGACUCAUGUUUAUCAAGAAGCUUCAGUUCCACUGAACAGUCAAAAGCGGAUAAGUUGCUUGGUGGAGGAAAAGUGGCUGACAUUUUAUUGUGGAGAGACGAGAAGAAAUCAUUUACAUAUUUUGUUGUGCUGGUUUUGUUGUUUUACUGGUUUUUCCUUUCUGGAAGAACUUUUAUAUCAUCUGCUGCAAAACUUUUGCUGCUUGCUACGUUACUUUUUUACGGACAUGGUUUUCUGCCGUCAAAGUUGUUUGGUUUUAAUAUACAAAGGAUACCCUUGUCUUGUUUUGAGAUCUCUGAUGCGGUAGUGAAAGAUUCAGUUAUAACCACAGUGUAUCUCUGGAAUAAGGGUUUUCAAAUAAUAAGAAGAUUGGCCCAUGGGGAAGACUGGUCUGCAUUCUUCAAGAUUGCAGUUUUUCUUUACCUUAUGAAGAUCUUCUUGUCAAAGUUGUUGACAAAAUUGAUAGGCAUAGGUUUGGUGUUCGCAUUUAUGGGAUUUUUUGUGUACGAGCAAUAUGAAUCCGAAAUUGAUGGAAUGGUUGAUGUUCUUUUCACCAGUUUGAAAGAGUUCAUGAUAUAUUUGAUGAGAAUUUCUCCUGUUUUUAAAUCGAGGCUUCUGCGUUAUCAUGACAACUUUCAGCGGUAUGAAAAGAAUGGUUAAAAACGUGAGAUAGCCAAAAGAAGAAAGUUUCAGCUUUGUUAUAUGCUAUUGAGCUCGAUUACGCCAUAUAUUUACAUAGCUAACAAUUGAAAAAGAGUCCCCUCCCUAUGAAAAAGGAUACGGAAAAUAUAAUCACGUUUCAGAAUACCCACUCUUGCAGUAUUCUGUAAUCGCAAUCUAAUUGUAUUAUGUUUAGAUUAGCUUCAGUUUGACCAAAAUCAAUUAUAAUCUCCAUGUGGAAAGCAGGAACAAGCAAGAAAUAGUUGUUUCUA